CCCGGGCGCGCGAGCUGGAGGCAGCGGAGCCACCCCCACCCCCACCCCGCGCAGCGCCGCCCGCCGCCGCCACAGCUCUCUCCCCUCCCGCCCCCGGCGGAGGCCGAGGGACGGGGCGGGGGGCUCCCGCAGGAGGGCUGUUGGCCUGCUGCUGUGCUGCUGAACAGUAUGCAGUCCUUUAGAGAGCAAAGCAGUUACCACGGAAACCAGCAAAGCUACCCACAGGAGGUACACAGCUCAUCCCGGAUAGAGGAGUUCAGCCCUCGUCAGGCCCAGAUGUUCCAGAAUUUUGGAGGUGCAGGUGGCAGUAGUGGUGGCAGUGGCAGUAGCAGUGGCGGUGGACGACGAGGAGCAGCAGCUGCUGCAGCAGCAAUGGCUAGCGAGACCUCUGGCCAUCAAGGUUACCAGGGUUUCAGGAAAGAGGCUGGAGAUUUUUACUACAUGGCAGGCAACAAAGACCCUGUGGCUACAGGAACCCCACAGCCUCCUCAGCGAAGGCCUUCUGGGCCUGUGCAGAGCUAUGGACCCCCUCAGGGGAGCAGCUUUGGCAAUCAGUAUGGGAGUGAGGGUCAUGUGGGCCAGUUUCAAGCACAGCAUUCUGGCCUUGGCAGUGUGUCGCAUUAUCAGCAGGAUUACACAGGGCCUUUCUCUCCAGGGAGUGCUCAGUACCAACAGCAGGCUUCCAGCCAGCAGCAGCAGCAGCAGCAAGUCCAGCAGUUGCGACAACAGCUUUACCAGUCCCAUCAGCCCCUGCCGCAGGCCACUGGCCAGCCAGCAUCCAGUUCAUCCCAUCUACAGCCAAUGCAGCGGCCCUCAACUCUGCCAUCCUCUGCUGCUGGUUACCAGUUAAGAGUGGGUCAGUUUGGCCAACACUACCAGUCUUCUGCUUCCUCCUCCUCCUCCUCCUCCUUCCCUUCACCACAGCGUUUUAGCCAGUCUGGACAGAGCUAUGAUGGCAGUUACAGUGUGAAUGCUGGAUCUCAGUAUGAAGGGCACAAUGUGGGUUCUAAUGCACAGGCUUAUGGAACACAAUCCAAUUACAGCUAUCAGCCUCAAUCUAUGAAAAAUUUUGAACAGGCAAAGAUUCCACAGGGGACCCAACAGGGGCAGCAGCAGCAGCAACCGCAGCAGCAACAACACCCUCCUCAGCAUGUGAUGCAGUAUACCAAUGCUGCCACCAAGCUGCCCCUGCAAAGCCAGGUGGGGCAAUACAGCCAGCCUGAGGUUCCUGUGAGGUCCCCCAUGCAGUUUCACCAGAACUUCAGCCCCAUUUCUAACCCUUCCCCAGCUGCCUCUGUGGUUCAGUCUCCAAGCUGUAGUUCUACCCCAUCUCCUCUCAUGCAGACUGGGGAGAAUCUUCAGUGUGGGCAAGGCAGUGUGCCUAUGGGUUCCAGAAACAGAAUUUUACAGUUAAUGCCUCAACUCAGUCCAACCCCAUCAAUGAUGCCCAGUCCUAAUUCUCAUGCCGCAGGCUUCAAAGGGUUUGGACUAGAAGGGGUACCAGAAAAGCGACUGACAGAUCCUGGGUUGAGUAGUUUGAGUGCUCUGAGUACUCAAGUAGCCAAUCUUCCUAACACUGUACAGCACAUGUUACUUUCUGAUGCCCUAACUCCUCAGAAGAAGACCUCUAAGAGGCCCUCAUCUUCCAAGAAAGCAGACAGCUGCACAAACUCUGAAGGCUCCUCACAACCUGAAGAACAGCUGAAGUCCCCUAUGGCAGAAUCGUUAGAUGGAGGCUGCUCCAGCAGUUCAGAGGAUCAAGGUGAGAGAGUGCGGCAACUAAGUGGCCAGAGCACCAGCUCUGACACCACCUACAAAGGUGGAGCCUCAGAGAAAGCUGGCUCCUCACCGGCACAAGGUGCUCAGAAUGAACCCCCCAGACUCAAUGCUAGUCCCGCAGCUAGAGAAGAGGCCUCCUCACCAGGUGCUAAGGACAUGCCAUUGUCAUCCGACGGGAACCCAAAAGUCAAUGAGAAGACAGUUGGGGUGAUUGUAUCCCGGGAAGCCAUGACAAGUCGGGUAGAAAAGCCUGGUGGACAAGAUAAAGGCUCCCAAGAGGAUGAUUCUGCAGCCACUCAAAGGCCAUCUAGCAAUGGUGGGGCAAAGGAAACCAGUCAUGCAUCACUUCCCCAGCCAGAGCCUGCAGGAGGAGGGGGGAGCAAAGGAAACAAGAAUGGCGAUAACAACUCCAACCAUAAUGGAGAGGGAAAUGGCCAGAGUGGCCACUCUGCAGCAGGCCCUGGUUUUGCAAGCAGAACUGAACCUAGCAAAUCUCCCGGAAGUCUGCGCUAUAGUUAUAAAGAUAGUUUCGGGUCAGCUGUGCCACGAAAUGUCAGUGGCUUUCCUCAGUUUCCUUCAGGGCAAGAAAAAGGAGAUUUCACUGGUCAUGGGGAACGAAAGGGUAGAAAUGAAAAGUUUCCAAGCCUCCUGCAGGAAGUACUUCAGGGUUACCACCACCACCCCGACAGGAGAUAUUCUAGGAGUACUCAGGAGCAUCAGGGGAUGGCUGGUAGCCUAGAAGGAUCUGCAAGGCCCAAUGUCUUGGUUAGUCAAACCAAUGAAUUAGCUAGCAGGAGCCUUCUGAACAAAAGCAUUGGGUCUCUAUUAGAAAAUCCCCACUGGGGCCCCUGGGAAAGGAAAUCAAGCAGCACAGCUCCUGAAAUGAAACAGAUCAAUUUGACUGACUAUCCAAUUCCCAGAAAGUUUGAAAUAGAGCCUCAAUCAUCAGCCCAUGAACCUGGGGGUUCCCUCUCUGAAAGAAGAUCAGUGAUCUGUGAUAUUUCUCCACUAAGACAGAUUGUCAGGGACCCAGGGGCUCACUCACUGGGACAUAUGAGUGCCGACACCAGGAUUGGGAGGAAUGACCGUCUCAAUCCAAGUUUAAGUCAGUCGGUCAUUCUUCCAGGUGGUUUGGUGUCCAUGGAAACAAAGCUGAAAUCCCAGAGUGGGCAGAUAAAAGAGGAGGACUUUGAACAGUCUAAAUCCCAAGCUAGUUUCAACAAGAAAUCUGGAGACCACUGCCAUCCUUCUAGCAUUAAGCAUGAGUCUUACCGUGGCAAUGCCAACCCUGGAGCAGCAACCCAUGAUGCCCUUUCAGACUACGGCCCACAAGACAGCAGACCCACGCCAAUGCGGCGGGUUCCUGGCAGAGUUGGUGGUCGAGAGGGCAUGAGGGGUCGGUCUCCUUCUCAAUAUCAUGACUUUGCAGAAAAAUUGAAGAUGUCUCCUGGGCGGAGCAGAGGCCCAGGGGGAGACCCUCAUCACAUGAAUCCACACAUGACCUUUUCAGAGAGGGCCAACCGGAGUUCUUUACAUGCUCCCUUUUCUCCCAACUCAGAAAGCCUGGCCUCCGCUUAUCAUGCAAAUACUCGGGCUCAUGCUUAUGGGGACCCAAACGCAGGUUUGAAUUCUCAGCUGCAUUAUAAGAGACAGAUGUACCAACAGCAACCAGAGGAGUAUAAAGACUGGAGCAGCAGUUCUGCUCAGGGAGUAAUUGCUGCAGCACAGCACAGGCAGGAGGGGCCACGAAAGAGUCCAAGGCAGCAGCAGUUUCUUGACAGAGUACGGAGCCCUCUGAAAAAUGACAAAGAUGGUAUGAUGUAUGGGCCACCGGUAGGGACUUAUCAUGAUCCCAGUGCUCAGGAGACUGGGCGCUGCCUAUUGUCUAAUGAUGGUCUGCCUAACAAGGGCAUGGAAUUAAAGCAUGGCUCCCAGAAAUUACAAGAAUCUUGUUGGGAUCUUUCUCGGCAAACUUCUCCAGCCAAAAGCGGUGGUCCUCCAGGAAUGUCCAGUCAAAAAAGGUAUGGGCCACCCCAUGAGACUGAUGGACAUGGACUAGCUGAGGCUACACAGUCAUCCAAAUCUAGUAAUGUUAUGCUGAGACUUCCAGGCCAGGAAGACCAUUCUUCUCAAAACCCCUUAAUUAUGAGGAGGCGUGUCCGUUCUUUUAUCUCUCCCAUUCCCAGUAAGAGACAGUCACAAGAUGUAAAGAACAGUAACACUGAAGAUAAAAGUCGCCUCCUUCACCCAUCAAAGGAAGGCGCUGAUAAAGCAUUCAAUUCCUAUGCCCAUCUUUCUCACAGUCAGGAUAUCAAGUCCAUCUCUAAGAGAGACUCCUCCAAGGACCUUCCAAAUCCAGAUAAUAGAAACUGUCCUCCUGUUACUCUCACAAGCCCUGCUAAGACCAAAAUACUGCCCCCACGGAAAGGACGGGGAUUGAAAUUGGAAGCUAUAGUUCAGAAGAUUACAUCCCCAAAUAUCAGGAGGAGCGCAUCCUCGAACAGCGCAGAGGCUGGGGGAGACACGGUUACUCUUGAUGAUAUACUCUCUUUGAAGAGUGGUCCUCCUGAAGGUGGGAGUGUUGCUGUUCAGGAUGCUGACAUAGAGAAGAGAAAAGGUGACGUGGCCUCUGACCUAGUCAGUCCAGCAAACCAGGAGUUGCACAUUGAGAAACCUCUUCCAAGGUCUUCAGAAGAGUGGCGUGGCAGCGGGGAUGACAAAGUGAAGACAGAAACACAUGCAGAAUCAGUUACUGCCGGAAAGGAACCCCCUGGUGCCAUGACAUCCACAGCCUCACAGAAGCCUGGUAGUAACCAAGGGAGACCAGAUGGUUCCCUGGGUGGAACAGCACCUUUAAUCUUUCCAGACUCAAAGAAUGUACCUCCAGUGGGCAUAUUGGCCCCUGAGGCAAACCCCAAGGCUGAAGAGAAAGAGAAUGAUACAGUGACGAUUUCACCCAAGCAAGAGGGCUUCCCUCCAAAGGGGUAUUUCCCAUCAGGAAAGAAGAAGGGGAGACCCAUUGGUAGUGUGAAUAAGCAAAAGAAACAGCAGCAGCCACCGCCUCCACCCCCUCAGCCCCCACAGUUACCAGAAGGUUCUGCAGAUGGAGAGCCAAAGCCAAAAAAACAGAGGCAAAGGAGGGAGAGAAGGAAGCCUGGGGCCCAACCAAGGAAGCGAAAAACCAAACAAGCAGUUCCCAUUGUGGAACCCCAAGAACCUGAGAUCAAACUAAAGUAUGCCACCCAGCCACUGGAUAAAACUGAUGCCAAGAACAAGUCUUUUUACCCUUACAUCCAUGUAGUAAAUAAGUGUGAACUUGGAGCCGUUUGUACAAUCAUCAAUGCUGAGGAAGAAGAACAGACCAAAUUGGUGAAGGGUAGGAAGGGUCAGAGGUCACUGACCCCUCCACCUAGCAGCACUGAAAGCAAGGCGCUCCCGGCCUCGUCCUUUAUGCUGCAGGGACCUGUUGUGACAGAGUCUUCAGUUAUGGGGCACCUGGUUUGCUGUCUGUGUGGCAAGUGGGCCAGUUACCGGAACAUGGGUGACCUCUUUGGACCUUUUUAUCCCCAAGAUUAUGCAGCCACUCUCCCGAAGAAUCCGCCUCCCAAGAGGGCCACAGAAAUGCAGAGCAAAGUUAAGGUACGGCACAAAAGUGCUUCUAAUGGCUCCAAGACGGACACUGAGGAGGAGGAAGAGCAGCAGCAGCAGCAGCAGAAGGAGCAGAGGAGCCUGGCUGCACACCCCAGGUUUAAGCGGCGCCACCGCUCCGAAGACUGUGGUGGAGGCCCUCGGUCCCUGUCCAGGGGACUCCCUUGUAAAAAAGCAGCCACUGAGGGCAGCAGUGAAAAGACUGUUUUGGACUCGAAGCCCUCUGUGCCCACCACUUCAGAAGGUGGCCCUGAGCUGGAGUUACAAAUUCCUGAACUACCUCUUGACAGCAAUGAAUUUUGGGUCCAUGAGGGUUGUAUUCUCUGGGCCAAUGGAAUCUACCUGGUUUGCGGCAGGCUCUAUGGCCUGCAGGAAGCGCUGGAAAUAGCCAGAGAGAUGAAAUGUUCCCACUGCCAGGAGGCAGGCGCCACCUUGGGCUGCUACAACAAAGGCUGCUCCUUCCGAUACCAUUACCCGUGUGCCAUUGAUGCAGAUUGUUUGCUACAUGAGGAGAAUUUCUCGGUGAGGUGCCCUAAGCACAAGGUGAGACUGUGGAGAUGAGAAGGUGGUGGACACUCGUGAUGGAAUGGAAAUCGUCCUACCGUGCAGCCACACCCUGCCCUGCCCCGCGUGCCUGCCCAUGCCAGCACUUCCUUCCUAAGUUCUCACAUCACACUCAAACCGGUGACACCACAGGAAAGAAAGACCCAAGAUGUUGGAAUGGCUGUUUCCAUGGACACAAUCUCCAUAGUGACAAUGUGGGGGGAGGGGGGAGGGGUGGGAUGAUGGGAAAACGGUGGGGGGAAUUAAAAGGGAGGGAUAAAAAAUAUAUAUAUAUAAAUCUAUUUUUAGUCUGGAAAGACUUUGUUUAAAUGAAAGGUGCGCUAUCCCUUUUGAUUCUAUUUUAAAAUUAACUAGUUAAAGAUCUCCAAAUUUGUUCCAAUGACAGUGAAAUUUAAAUGUGAAAUUGAACUGAACAAACCCUCAUCUCAUAAAGGACGGGGUGUGUGUGGCUUUGAUCUUUACCUGUCUCACACCAGUUCAGAGAACACUAGACCCAGGAUUGGAAAAGCAGACAAACAUUAAUUUGUCUCAAAGUGGGAAGGUUUUAGGGGGAGGGGGAAAAUACAUGUUUUCAAGAGCAGGGGAAUGAUGUUUAAACACAAAAUAAAUUUUUUUUUUUUCAUUUCCAGGAACACUAUUUAUUUAUUUUUUUAUUUUUAUUUUUUUCUCUUUGGGGGUGAAAUUGGUAGAUGCCCAGGGUCAUAGCUGUAUCCUGGGUCACUGUGGCUGGUGAGGACCCCAUCAAGUGUACACAGCAGCAGCAAAGUCAAAGGAUGACCCUCCUCUGGGGCCCCCUGUCCUCAGCACAUUCCAGGCAGCUGUUCCCUGACCCACAGGAACCCUUGGGGAUGGGAGGAGGCCCAGGCCUGCACCACCACAGCUGGCACUGUGAGCUGUGGGCAGGGACGGGGAGGGACUGUUGUGAUCAGUGUGGGUUAAGCUGACCAGGAACACCCAUUUAACCCUUUUUUCUUUUUGCUUUCAUUUUUGUAAAGUAAAAGAGGACCUGUCAGAUAGGCAGCCCCAUGCUACGUGAUUCUUUAUGUUGUGUUGUGUUGUUUUGUUUUGUAAAUUGUAUAAUUUUUAAAUAUCUGAGUUUUAAAAAAAGAAAAAAGUACAAAAAAAUCUUGUUAUGGCCUUAAGAAGGGGUUAGUGCAUCUUUCAGGGGUCACUCUGCCAUGGGGAUAAAAUAGCUGUUUCACAAACAGUUUUAUUUAAAAAAACAAAAAACAAAAAAAAUCAAAAAAUCAAAAAAAUAAUAAACUUCAUUUUAACCUUG